AUGGCUGAGGUUAUUGGCCUUGUGUCUGGUCUUCUUACCUUGGCCGCCUUUACACAUCAGUCUGUCAUCAAGGUUCAAGAGACCGUACAAAGUUUUCAACGUCUCCCACGCCAGCUCAGAGAACUCCUUUCAGAGUUAGCGGAGCUGAGUACGGUGCUCCAAGACCUCUCUCAGGCACCUGACGGUGACAUUGAAGUGGACCUUUCAGCCCUCAAAACAACGCUAGAACAAUGUCGUCGUUCAUGUGAGGAAUUUGCGCAGGAGUUAAAAGCCUGCAGUUCGUCGUCCAGUCAAGAUAAAGUUUGGUUUCUGGAUUGGGCCAAGCUCACGUAUCGGGGCGGCAACGGAAUUGAAGGCUUUAGGCAGCAGCUUAUUGGAUACAAGUCCACCAUCGUCGUCGCUCUCAGCUUUGCGAACCUCCGUACGUCUACUAUUACCGUCGAAGCCAUACAGUCCUGCCGAGGAUUAAUCGAGACAACAACUAUUGAUUUAGAGGCGCAUCUCGCAGAUGUGAAGGAGAAACUCGAUAUCCUCGCUUGUCGGACCAUUGCCAGUCCUGAGCCAGACGGAGCGACGAUUAAAUACAUAGAAAACGAACGCAUCAGUACAGAAAAGGGCCUUCAGCUUUGCCUUCAGCUUUCCCAGCAUAUUGAUCAGAUUCAGCUUCAAUAUACUGUAGGAGAGGGACACACGCCUAGCCUUCUGGGUCCGCACCCAACUUCGAAAAGGCUUGUCAGCGAGGGGCUCGGUGGCUGCGACGAUACUAUUCAGUUUAUGGUCUCGACAGAUGGCAAACCACUGAAUGGAAAGAACCACGGCGUCGGCUCGAGACUCAAGCAAGCUGGAGGGCAUUUUAAAGAACAAUCUCUUCAGCAGAUUUCCCAAGACUUCACCACAAUCAGUUUGCAUCAAACAGGAGGCAAGAAGCCAGCUAGAAAUGCUUCUUCGCCAGCAGCCCAACCAGAAACCGCAACGGAAUUCCUAGGCACACCAUUCAACGGAAGAGGCUUCACUCUUACACCGAAACCUGAAGUUAGAUCGACUCCGUCUUCUCGCUCUACGACAGCCUGA